CUUGCCGAUGCCCGUGUUCGCUCCCGUGAUGAUGACCGUCUUGCCGUCCAUCCUAGCCUGACUCUCACACACCCCUCCAGCUGUCCACCUUCGUACUGGCACGUACAGCACAGCUGCAAGUACAAACAAGAAACAGUUUCCGGAUUCCAAUGGCACCUAAGUACAGGCUGGUAUACUUCAACCUAAGGGCGCGAGCGGAGCCAACAAGACUAGUGUUCGCCGCUGCAGGGGUAGACUAUGAGGACGUCAGGAUCCAAAGGGACGAGUGGCCUGGUCUCAAGCCCAACACCCCCAUGGGCCAGCUGCCUGUGCUGGAGGUGGGCGGGGUCACCAUCUGUCAGAGCAUGGCGAUAGCGCGCUACGUCGCCAAGGAGACCGGUCUCGCAGGGAAGACUAUCUUGGAGCAAGCGCAGGCCGACAUGCUGGUGGACGGACUGGACGACCUCAGAGGCAAGCAGGCGGUAAUCCGGAAGGCACCUGAGGACAGGAAGGAACAGUGCAAGAAAGAACUUGCAGAUUUUGCUCCCGACUUCCUCAGCAAGUACGAAAAACUCUGCGGGCCGCAAGGUCAUCUUGUUGGCGAUAGCUUGACCUGGGCUGACCUGGUGUUCUAUGACGUCACGUCGAAGGUCCUCGCGGUGCUACCGGGCGCUCUUGAUGACCUCCCCAAACUCUCCAAGGUCAUGGACACGGUCACAGCCAACGAGCGGAUUGCAAAGUGGCUAGCCAAACGCCCCGACACUCCACACUGAUCUUGCAGGAACUGCUCGUACGCUGGAGGAAAAUCAUUCAGGAGGCCGAAUCAUUUGGGGCUUCUA